GGAAAACCAACAAAAGGUAUAAAGGGGGGUCGUUUCGAUAUCCUUGCAUCCCGCACUUCUCCCGCAACUGUGUCCGAUCGGAUCUGUAGUGAAAUUCUAUUUGAACAGCAGACAUGAAGUUCGCCGUAUUUCUCCUUGUCUUGGCAUGUGUUUGCGCUGUCGCCCUAAGCGCUCCUAGUAAAAGGAGGUGCAAACGCAAAGGUGAGAACGGCAAUGGCAAUGGCAACGGUGAGAACGGCAAUGGCAAUGGCAACGAUGACAACGGCGAGGACAAUGGCAACGGUGAGAACGGCAACGACAAUGACAACGGUGAGAACGGCAAUGGCAGUGACAACGAUGAGGACAAUGGAGAAUGUGACGAAGAUGAUGAUGAUGACAAAAAUGAUGACUCGAACGACAACGGUAAUGACAACGGCAACGGCAACGGUGACGGCAAUGGCAAUGACAACGGUAACGGCAAUGGCAACGGCAACGGUGACGACAACGGUAACGGCAAUGGCAACGGCAACGGUGACGACAACGGUAAUGGCAACGGCAACGGUAACGGCAAUGGCGGCGGGUAACGGCAACGUUAACUGAGCUCGAACAAAUGCUCUUCCAGUGCAUCUUUCUAAAUGUGAAGCAGUUUCCCAUCGAGCGUAAUCAAGAAUGAAUGUCUUGCAAUCUUGAAUAAAUACUUUUCCCUAUCUUUUAA